UUACUCUGUCCUGAUCUCCUCCUCUAGUCCUCUUUCUCAACAGCUUCCUGCUUCCCGGUGCUCCACGCCCGAGCUCGCCACCGGAGGCGGAGGCAGAGGAAAGUAAAUAAAAACCGAAUUCGAAUAAAGCGGAGUCAAUGCAGGCUGCGAUCACCGACAGCAUCUCCGCGCACUCGCGUCCGAAUCCUUCGGUCUGCUUCCUGCGGCUGUCACAUCCACACAGGGUCCGGAUCCACCCUACUUCCCACCGCCGGAACACGAGGGCGAGAGCCAUGGCCGCUUCGGUGCCGUCGCCACAGCAGCUUACCAUCACACGCCCCGACGACUGGCACCUCCACCUCCGCGACGGCGACGUCCUCGCCGCUGUGCUCCCACACAGUGCGAGGCAUUUUGAGAGGGCCAUCGUGAUGCCCAACCUGAAGCCACCGGUUACAACGACGGCACGUGCGGUAGAAUACAGGGAAGAGAUCCUCAGGGCACUGCCUCCUGGGAGCAGCUUUGUGCCUCUCAUGACGCUCUACCUCACUGACAACACCAGCCCGGAAGAAAUCAAGCUCGCAAGAAAGAGUGGUGUGGUUUUUGCUGUCAAGUUGUAUCCUGCUGGAGCAACUACCAACUCCCAAGACGGUGUAACUGAUAUAAUGGGGAAAUGCUUGCCUGUCCUUGAGGAGAUGAUCAGACAGGAAAUGCCCUUGCUUGUUCAUGGAGAAGUCACUGAUCCUCAUGUUGACACCUUUGACCGUGAGAAGGUUUUUAUUGAGACAAUAUUAGCACCACUUGUACAAAAGCUUCCAGAGCUGAAAAUUGUUAUGGAACAUAUCACUACGAUGGAUGCGGUGAACUUCGUAGAAUCAUGCAAAGAAGGACAUGUUGCUGCAACAGUGACUCCGCAGCAUCUCCUUCUCAACAGGAAUGCCUUGUUUCAGGGUGGUUUACAGCCUCACAAUUAUUGCUUGCCAGUACUGAAAAGAGAAACUCACAGACAAGCUAUCGUUUCUGCGGUAACCAGUGGGAGCAGGCAGUACUUUUUGGGUACUGAUAGUGCUCCCCAUGAUAAACGGAUGAAGGAGUGUUCCUGUGGAUGUGCAGGAAUAUAUAGCGCUCCUGUUGCUCUUUCUCUUUAUGCGAAGGCAUUUGAACAGGCUGGUACUCUUGAUAAGCUUGAGGCCUUUACAAGCUUCAACGGGCCAGAUUUUUAUGGUCUUCCAAGGAACACUUCGAAGAUUGUUCUGAGAAGGAGCGCUUGGAAAGUGCCUACAACUUAUACAUACGGUUCAGGGGUGAUUGUACCUAUGUCUACCGGGAACACUCUAGAAUGGCUUCCAUCCGAUCAUUCUGAAGAAUAAGCAAAAUACUAAAUCAGCGACACUUAUUCUGAAUCGGAGGGAGUACAUCAUUUCAUGAUUCAUUUGGGGUGAACAAGUGGAGCAGUUUCAUUUCCCCCCUUUAUGUAGAAUCAGAAUGCCAAACAUGGUCUUUGUCAUAAACUUGUCCCCCGUGGGAUUCUCGAAAGCAAGAUUGUAAGAGUAACCUAAUCAAAACAACAGCGAGAGGUUUUCUCUGAAUAAAAGAAAAGAGGGUCAUCUUGAGUAAUA